CACGUUGUUGCUUUUUGUUCAACUUCAGCAACACGCUUUUUAAAUACAUAUUUUGUAGGAUUUUUCUUUUACCUUUCAGUGACUUUAUGACACGCAAGACAGGCAUGCACAAUGGCCGUCACCCGUUGGAGGAUCGUGCUGCUGCUCUGUCUGUGUUGCCAUUAUGAGAUCCAGCCUGCUGCAUGUAAACCUCUGUGGAUGAGAUCGCAGUUCCCUUGUGAUGUCACAGCCCACAAUACCUCUAAGGUCCUAUUUAACUGUAAAGGGCGUCGUCUGCUAAAUGUACCUGUUGGGAUCACCACUAAUGCAACUGAACUCAACUUAUCAGAAAACUCCAUAAAGAAUAUUUCGGUUGAUUCGUUUUCCAAGCUGCUGAGUCUGACUCAACUCAAUCUCAACAGGGCCAAUAAGAACAACGCAGUGAUCAUUGCUGCCAAUGCGUUCAGAAAUCUGACAAAACUGCGAGAACUGAGACUGAAUGGCAACUUUCUGAAAGAAAUUCCUGGCAAUCUCUCGCUCAGUGUGGAAAUCCUCGACCUGAGCACUAACAAGAUUAUGUUGUUGGAUAACCGGAGCCUCGCCGGCUUAUCAAACGUGACUCAUUUAUGGUUAUCCAGAAACUGCUACACCUGGAACCCUUGUGGGAGAUCUGUAACGAUCACGGAAGACAGUUUUGCAGUAAUGAGCAAACUGAAGGAUCUGGACUUGUCUUAUAACAACUUAACAGAGGUUCCCAGAGGAUUACCCCAAUCAUUAAGACAGCUAAAGCUGGAUUCUAACAGAAUCCAGGACAUAUCUGAAGAUGAUUUUCGGUGGCUAACCAAUUUAACAGUCCUAAAAAUAGAAGGGAACUGUCCAAGAUGUCAAAAUGCUCCAUUUCCUUGUGUUCCUUGCCAAAACAAUUCUCUUGGUAUCCAUCCUAAAGCAUUUAAUAGUCUAACAAAGCUCAAAAUACUGAACCUGGGAGGAAACUCACUGGACCACCUGAAUCCCUCCUGGUUUGAAAGUCUGAAGAUGCUUCAACAAUUGUUGCUGUCGUUCAACUUCUUAAUGAAAGCCAUCACUGAGGAGGCAACAUUUCUAAGGUAUCUCCCAAAGUUAAAGUUAAUUGAUAUCUCUUUCAACUUUGCUCUCAAGUUAUACCCCACGACAAUAAAUCUCUCAAAGGAGUUUUCAAAGCUUGUGUCUCUCAAAACUUUUCAUUUGGAGGGUUUGGUCUUCCAGAAUCUUGGACCGGAAACACUCAGUCCUCUGUACGAGCUUGAACACCUGACUGAACUCAACUUGGGGACUAACUUCAUUAUUCAGUCGGAUUCCACCAUAUUCAGCAGAUUUAUCCACCUGAAACUGAUAUACCUCGCAGAAAACCGCCUCUAUCCCAUCCAAGAGAGAAGUACCCCAAGUCCAAGUGACGGAUACGAUCAGGGGUCGGACCUCUUUGUUUCACCGCUCAUUAAACCCCAGCCCAAAGGUUUGGAUUAUGAACUAUCACUCUUCCUUAUCAAAAGAGAGUGCUAUGUCUCUGGACGAGUGCUAAGCCUCAGCUCAAACAAUCUAUUUUUCAUUUCUCCAAAGCAAUUUGAGGGCUACGGAAAUAUUGCAUGCCUCAACCUCUCCAGUAAUGGCUUUUCAGCAGCACUUAAUGGAACAGAGUUCUCCUUGCUGUCUAAUCUGACAUACCUAGACCUGUCAUUCAACAAGAUUGAUCUGGCCUAUGACAACGCCUUCAACGAACUAAAGAAACUACAAGUGCUAGACCUCAGUAACAAUGAACACUACUUUAAAGCGUUUGGUGUAACGCACAAUUUAAAUUUUACAAAAAAUCUGCCCGCUCUGAGGGUGCUGAAUAUGAGUCAUAAUUCCAUCUACACAUUGACAACAAAAAGGAUGUACAGCAAAUCAUUAACAGAACUUCAGUUUACACACAACUUUCUUGGGACUCUUUGGCAAGAAAAGGAUGGCUCAUAUAAGAUGCUUUUUACUAAUCUUACUAAUUUGACAAUUUUAGAUAUAUCCCACAACAAGAUUGCAAAGAUUCCAGACAGUGUGUAUGAAUAUUUGCCACCUGACCUCAUCACACUACGCAUAAAUUACAAUUUUCUUACUGAUUUUACAUGGGACAAACUCAAGUGUUUCCAUCAACUUCAAAUUUUAGACCUGAGCUAUAAUUAUUUAUCGAAUGUGACAAGUAUAAACUCGAACGUCUCUUUGACUUUCCUUGACCUGAGUCAUAACCACAUCUUCCACUUGGACAAUUGGUUUCUGAAGGGUGCAAAAAGCCUCACGACUCUUAACCUCAGCAACAAUAAACUGACUAUGAUCAAUCAAUCCACCUUCCAAUCCAUACCUGAAUCUCAGAUUAAGACUUUGUAUAUGCAGAGAAACCCGUUCCAGUGUACCUGUGAUUCAUUAGAUUUCAUUGUGUGGAUUGAAAACAGCGGAGUAAAGAUCCCUAGACUGACCUCCGAGGUGACAUGUGACACACCAGCGAACCAGAAGGAUCGAGCUCUCAUCUACUUUGACAUCCACCAGUGUGUAAAUGCCAGUCAGGCGUUCUUGAUCUACAUUCUCACAUAUUCCUUCAUAGUUAUUUUCCUGUUUAUGGCAACAGUCGCUCACUUGUUUUACUGGGAUGCUUCCUACGUUCUUCACUAUAUGAAAGCUAAGCUGAAAGGAUACCGAUCUUUGAGCUCUCCAGACUGUGUUUAUGAUGCCUUUGUGACGUACGACACCAGAGAUCCACAUGUCUCUGAGUGGGUGAUGACAAAUCUGCGAGUGGAACUAGAGCAGGAAGGGGAAAAGCAUCUUCCUCUGUGUCUGGAAGAGAGGGAUUGGCCCCCUGGAGCCCCACUGGUGGAGAACCUCGCUCACAGCAUAAGGUACAGUCGCAAGACCCUGUUCGUCUUAACCGAGGCCUACGUUAGGACCGGGGUCUUCAAGCUGGCGAUGUGUAUGGCCCACCAAAGACUGCUUGAUGAAAACAUGGAUGUGAUUGUGCUGCUGAUGCUGGAACCCGUCCUUCAGCAUUCUCACUUCCUGCGCCUGAGGAGGAGGAUGUGUAGGAAAAGUGUGUUGGAGUGGCCAAGAACAGCUGGUGCAGAGCUCUGGUUUUGGCAAACCUUGAGGAAUGUGGUCAGAGUGGACAACCAGGUGAUAUGCAACAAGACUUAUUCAAAGUACUUCACCAUCAAGUGAACCAACUUGAAAAUAUUGACAAUCAUAUCUGGAGCCUGUUUAGAAUUAUUGUUCUAUGUCAACUCUGAAGAAAAAGAAAGAAAUGUACACUUUUAUUUAUCCCCGUGGGGAAAUUCUUCUCUGCAUUUGACCCAUCCUUAUAGUUAUUAAGGAACAGCGGGCCCGGGGAAGUGGUCCUGCAUAACUUGUAUUGCUCUGCCUUUGGCUUAAUUGAAACCAAAUAAAGACAUUGAUAUUUG